AUGGUUCAUUUUUCUUUUUUUAAAUCUCAAUUGGCCAAUGAUGAAUUCUCAUUCAGCAUGCUUAGGCUUACAAUUCGUCGUAAACAAGAGAUUAUCAAACUGACUGAGCAACUGAUUGCUGCCAUUACAAGUGGUGACUUUGAAGGUUACACAAGAUUUGUCGAUCCACAUGUAACAAGUUUUGAACCAGAAGCUUUGAGAAACCUGAUUGUUGGAAUGGAUUUUCAUAAGUUUUAUUUUGAUCACGUUUUAUCCAAGAACAAUAAGCCGUUGAAUACCACAAUCUUGAACCCUCAUGUCCAUCUGCUAGGAGACGAUGCCGCGUGUAUUGCAUAUGUUCGACUUACACAAUACAUUGACAGAGAUGGCGUGCCAAUCACUGUCCAGUCUGAGGAGACUCGGGUGUGGCAGAGGAAGGAUGGAAAAUGGCAGAAUGUUCAUUUUCAUCGCUCAGGUUCAUUGCAAGCUGUGUCAUCAAAAUAA